AUGUCGGCAGUUAGGGACAAGCAACAACCGGACGCAGCCCCGGCAGCAGCAGCAGCAGCAGCAGCAGCAGCAGCCGAGAACAAACCGGCCCCCUCGAUAACUCCCGAGCAGAUCGCCAUAGUCAAGUCUACCGCGCCGGUGCUCAAGGAGCACGGCGUGACCAUCACGACCGUGUUUUACAAAAACAUGAUCGACGCGCACCCGGAGCUGCAUAACGUCUUCAGCACCACCAGCCAGGCGACGGGUGCACAGCCGCGGGCCCUGGCCAGCGCCGUGCUGGCCUACGCCACCUACAUCGACGACCUCGCCAAGCUCUCGCACGCCGUCAGCCGCAUCGCCCACAAGCACGUGUCGCUGCACAUAACGCCGGACCAGUAUGACAUUGUCGGCAAGUACCUGAUCGAGGCCAUCGGGCAGGUGCUGGGAGACGCCGCCACACCCGACAUCGUCGCCGCCUGGAUCGCGGCGUACGGCGUCCUCGCCGACGUCUUCAUCGGCGUCGAGGGCAAGAUGUACCAGGAGCACAGCGACUGGCUGGGGUUCCGCAAGUUCAAGGUCCUGCGCAAGGAGGCCGAGGCCGAGUCCAUCACCUCCUUCUACCUGACUCCCUCGGACGGCAGGACGCCGCUGCCCCGGUUCCUGCCGGGCCAGUACGUGAGCGUGCAGCUCUUCGUCCCGGAGCUGGGGUACCUGCAGAGCAGGCAGUACAGCCUCAGCGAGGGCUACAAAAAGGGAGGGGAGCACUACAGGAUCAGCGUCAAGCGCGAGGAGGGCGUCGAGGUCGGCGCCCCGGGCAUCAUCAGCAACAUGCUGCACGACAAGAUCAGCGUCGGCGACGAGGUCGAGGUCUCGCACCCGCAGGGCGAGUUCUUUGUCGACCCGGCCGAUGAGACCAAGGCCGGCACGCCGCUCGUACUACUCUCGGCCGGCGUGGGCGCCACUCCACUGCUCUCCAUCCUCGAGAGCGUCACCGUGGCCGACGGCGGCGUCCCAGCCCCGGCAGCGACGAGACCCGUGUCGUGGAUCCACGCGUCGCGGUCCCGGGCCCAGCGGCCGUUUGAGACGCGCGUGGCCGAGAUUCAAAAGGCGGUUGGGGAGGAGCGCAUGCGGACGAGGCUGUUUCUGGGCAAGAUCGAUCCGGAGAAGGACGUCACUAACGAGCACUUCCACUUUGGCGGCGGCAGGAUGGACCUCGGCAAGCUGGAUGCGGACAGGGACCUGCACAAGACCGACGCCAGGGCCGAGUACUACCUCUGCGGGCCCGAGGCCUGGAUGCUGGACAUGAGGGAGAAGCUGGAGCAGAUGGGAGUGGCGCACGAGAGGAUCCACCUCGAGCUGUUCGCCACGGGUGACGUUCAGUGA